AUGUCCUCCCAAUACGCCAGUGAGCCGAAUCCCACCGCGUCAGCCACUCUGAACACCACAGUCGGGCCCAUUCACAUCGCUCUGUUCGCAAAUCAGACUCCUCUCACCUGCAAGAACUUUCUCCAACACUGCAAAGAUAACUACUAUGCCGGCACAAUUUUCCACCGUAUAGCACCAGAAUUCGGGAUCCAGGGUGGUGACCCCACAGGCACCGGGUCAGGCGGUACAUCGAUCUACGAAUAUCCGGAAUUCGAGUACGACCCUGAGGCCCGGGACCCCAAUGAGCGGGUUGUUCUACGAGAUGAGCUACACAGUCGUCUACGCUUCAACCGCCGAGGCUUGGUGGGCAUGGCCAAGAGUGAGGAUGGGACGUAUGGGAGUCAAUUCUUCAUCACGCUCGCCAACACCGAGCGCGAGCUGAACGGACAAUGCACGAUUUUCGGACGACUGGAGGGAGACAGUAUCUACAAUGUGUUGAAGAUCGCAGACGCCGAACGUGUCGAAGGGACCGAACGGCCUGUAUAUCCGGUCAAGGUGACCUCGUGCGAGGUUGGAGAAUUGGGACCACUGGCCGGAAAGUUAAAGGACAGGGUGACCACCGCAUCCGCGUCAACGGGCGAUAACCAAGCGCCAAAGAAAAAGAAGAAGGGUGGAAAGGCCGGGAAAGUCCUUUUGAGCUUCGGAGGCGAUGAGGGCGACGAGGAAAUGCCCAUGCGGCCGGCGAAGCCCAAGUUCAAUACCAAACUUGUCGCGGAUGCGCCUGGGGCCGUCAGCAGUGCUGAGAAAGCUCCUAGGUCUCAAAAGCCAGAAUCAAUCCAAGCGCGCAAACGGCCACGGUCUCCAUCUCCAAAGCGAUCAUUAGAGCCCGAGCGCAAGCGUGUCAAAACACCAGACCCGCAGGCUCAGCUGCCUUUGAAAGAUCCUGAAUCGCCAGUCCGAUCACCAACUCCAGAAGAAAAGCCCGCAAAACAGUCCAGACUAUCGCGGACGAACGCCGAAAUUGAGAACCUCAAGGCUUCCAUGCGUCGCAACGUAGACACUGGUCCCGCUGAUACCGGCCGCAAGAAGUCUGCACUAGAAUCCAUGAUCCCAGAAACCGCUAUUCGUGGCCGCAGGCGACCGCCACCUGGCUCUGCGAAUGGGGCAGCAUCCAGCGCAGGCUCAAGAAACGCGGCCGAGUCCGAGGCGUUGCGUAUGUUCAAUGCCUUUAAGGCCAAGCUGGAAGGUGGUGAAACGAAGCCUUCCACAUCGCGCACCGAGAGGCACACCGAGAAAAAGAAUGGGCAGAUUCAGGACCAAGAUGCAGAUGACGAGGAAGCUCAACUCUGUGACCUACACUUUAUUGCCAAUUGCCAGUCCUGUCAGUCCUGGGACGACCCCGAGGCCGCAGAGACGCACGAUACCGGACGAGAAGAUGCCAAUUGGCUAAGUCAUGAGCUACGUUUCGGCAAGGAUACCCUGGGCAAGGAUCUCAAAUGGAAGAAGGAGCACCAAGACGCAGAUUCACUGAUGGUGAUCGAUCCGCGCGAGAAGGAGAAGGAAUUAGGUGGUGGACGCAAGCGAGGUUUCCAGCGAGAUCGUGAACGCGAGCGUAAACGAGAGCGAGCAGGAGACUUAGAAUGGGAUCGAGAGAGGCGUUGA